AUGUACUUAGUUACCUUGUUGGGGAACCUGCUCAUCAUCCUGGCCAUCAGCUCUGACACACACCUCCACACACCCAUGUACUUCUUUCUGGCCAACCUGUCCUUCAUUGAGACCUGCUUCACCUGCACCAUUGUCCCAAAGGCGCUAGUGAAUAUCCAGACACAACAUUAUACCAUCUCCUACACCGGGUGCCUUGUGCAGAUGUACUUCUUCAUGGCAUUGACCCUGAUGGAUGUCCUACUGGCUGUGAUGGCAUAUGACCACUACGUGGCCAUCUGUCUUCCUCUCCACUACACCAUGAUCAUGCAUCCCCAGCGUUGCCUGCUGCUGGUGGCAGCAUCCUGGCUUUGUUCCCACCUCCUGGCCUUCUCACUUACUUUCCUGAUGUCUCAGUUCUUUUUCUGUGCCUCCCAUUCCAUUCCACACUUUUUCUGUGAUGUACCCCCACUUCUAAAACUUGUCUGUUCAGACACCCAUAUCUAUCAGGUCACAAUGUUAACUGAAGCAGUUGUCUCAGGCAUGAUUCCUCUCACCUGUGUCCUGUCCUCUUACGCCCAUAUCAUCCAUACCAUUGUCAGGAUCCCUUCUUCUGGAGGGAAGAACAGAAUCUUCUCUACCUGUGGCUCCCACCUGUCAGUGCUCACUGUCUUCUAUGGGACCCUCUUUCUUGUGUAUUUCCGGCCCUCAUCCUCCUACUCAGCAGAUAUGGGAAUGGUUGUAUCUGUGAUAUACACAAUGGUCACCCCCAUGCUGAACCCCUUUAUCUACAGCCUGAGGAACAGGGACAUGAAGGGAGCUUUAUGGAGACUUCUUGGCUGA